AUGUCUCAGGCCAAGUUUGACAAAACUGCUGAAGAAGUUAAGCACCUCAAGACCAAACCAGCAGAUGCAGAAAUGCUAUUCAUCUACAGUUGUUUCAAACAAGCUACUGUGGGCGACAUAAACACAGAACAACCUGGGGUGUUGGACUUCAAAGGCAAGGUCAAGUGGGAUGCCUGGAAUGAGCUGAAAGGGACGUCCAAGGAAGAUGCCAUGAAAGCUUACAUAGACAAGGUAGAAGAGCUAAAGAAAAAGUAUGGAAUAUAA